CACUCACUUGCGAAAAAAAGACACGGUUUCGUCUUAACCUUCCUUUGUCUCUUCCUUUUUAAUUUAUGCGAUUCGCGUCUCUCGUCUCUAAAUCACAGUUCCGUGUAAUUUCAUUGCUUCUGGAAAAAUAACAAAAAAUGGGUCAAGUUCUAGGAUGCGUCCAAGUCGAUCAGUCCACUGUUGCUAUCAAAGAGACGUUCGGGAAGUUCGACGACGUUCUCGAGCCAGGUUGUCACUGUUUGCCCUGGUGCAUAGGGAGUCAAGUCGCUGGUCACCUCUCCCUGCGUGUUCAACAGCUCGAUGUUCGCUGCGAGACCAAAACUAAAGAUAAUGUGUUUGUCACCGUCGUUGCUUCCAUUCAGUACCGUGCUUUAGCUGAGAGUGCUCAAGAUGCUUUUUACAAGCUCAGCAACACCAGGAAUCAGAUUCAAGCUUAUGUCUUUGACGUGAUCCGAGCAAGUGUGCCUAAGCUGGAUCUAGACUCAACCUUUGAGCAGAAGAACGACAUUGCCAAAACCGUUGAGAGUGAGCUCGAAAAGGCUAUGUCGCAUUACGGGUAUGAGAUAGUCCAGACGCUUAUUGUGGAUAUCGAGCCUGAUGUGCAUGUCAAGAGAGCUAUGAAUGAGAUCAAUGCUGCUUCAAGAAUGAGAGAGGCAGCUAGUGAGAAAGCAGAGGCAGAGAAGAUACUUCAGAUCAAGAGAGCCGAAGGAGAAGCUGAGUCCAAGUACCUUUCGGGUCUCGGUAUAGCACGUCAGAGACAAGCCAUCGUGGACGGUCUGAGGAACAGCGUGCUGGCCUUCUCCGAGUCUGUUCCAGGGACGUCUUCCAAGGACGUCAUGGACAUGGUUCUGGUCACUCAGUACUUUGAUACUUUGAAGGAGAUUGGUGCGUCUUCGAAGUCGAACUCGGUGUUCAUACCGCACGGUCCGGGUGCUGUUAAGGACAUUGCUUCGCAGAUCAGGGAUGGUCUUCUUCAGGGAAACGCUGCUGCUGAGUGAUUAUGAGUGAGUGAUGAGAGAUUUUAAUAAGUACAAAAGCCUUUUCUUCUGGGUGGUUUAGUUUGGUGUUGCUACUUAUUUGUUUUUCUUUUAGCGGUUGGGCUUUUCUAGUAUUGAAGUCCUUAUGGAUUUGCUUAUCGUUGGUCGGUAAUGUUUAUCGGCUUGUGGACUGGGUCAUGUUUAUGGUUUUGGGCUUUGAUAGUAUAUGACGCAAUAUGGAUUUCAGGA